AUGCCACCUAACAACCCUGCUCAAAACUUUACCGGUAAAAAUCAGAUUUCACCUAAUAAUAAUAAUCCUACUCAAAACUUUACCGGUCAAAAUCAAAUGCCACCAAAUAAUCCUACUCAGAACGUUACCGGUCAAAAUCAAGUGCCAGUUAAUAUUUCUGCUAAGAAUUUUAUUAGACAAAAUGCGAUGUCACCUAAUGAUCACCUUCAGUACUUUUUCACUCAUUAUGCUGGUAAAAAUCAAAUGCCACCUAAUUAUCCUACUCAAAACUUUGCCGAAUUCUAUUGGAUGCCAACUAAUAAUAUUGCUCAGAACUUUGUCACUCGGUCUCCAAUUCCUCCAAAGCUUUUAAUGCUAACUAAUAACUUUGUUGGUAAAAAUUAUUUGUCGAAUGGCUUUGUUCAAAACCAAGCGUUCAGUUUUACUCAACAACGACCGCAAGCAUUUGCUCCCGUUCCUAAUGCAAUAGUGUCAAUUUUACUAGCGUGCCCACUGAUACAACAAUGCCAAGAGGUCAAGGAAAGAUACAAUAAAGAAUGUUUUGCUAUGUGUGGUUAUGAAUAUACUACGGAAUGCCAUGCCGGCUAUUACGCUGGAUUUGGUGACGUUGAAGGAUUACGUCAUCAUUUUACAUACGGUGCGAAAUUUCUUGUUUCACAAGUACAAGGGAAUGUCUUAUGCGUUUCAAAUAGCACUGGAGAAACUGCAUUACAUUAUUUAUACAAAAACAAAUCCUUAACCAAAGAUCUUUAUGACUCAAAUGGAUUACAAAAGUUGAAGGAAGCAAUAGAGUUUUUAGUAGACAAUGGAUGUAUUAUUAAUGCUAUGGAUCAUAAUAGGCUAACAAUAUUAUCGUAUUAUUUAAAUGAACGCUUCGACCGCAGAGAGAAGACACCAAUUAUUCUGGUCUUACUAAAAAAGGGAGCAGACCCAAAUAUCCCAUCAUAUAAUGCACCUAAUGCAUUGUUUUUGGCCGUAAAAAUUGGGGAUAAUCUGUUAGUAUUAGCUGCUAGAGAAAGACGACCUAUUAUAAUUGAUUGGAUAUUAGAGACAAUCCCUGAAACUAGUACUAGAGACUCUAUAGAAGCUGCUAUGAAGCCUGAACAAUUCCUUGGUGCAUUUUAUGCCUCUAUGGGACAUUGA